GGCGCCAAAUGUCCGGCGUUAAUUUUGUAUCCCGAGUAUACCUGAUUAUUUGCAGUUUGUCUUGUCCGAUGUUUCGUCUCACACAAGUCACGAUAUGAAAAUAACACACCAGCUAUUAUAACCCGGCAUUAAAAUCUCCUGACGUCACAUCUCUCUCUCCGAGCAUCGAUAUUACUUUCCGAUGAUGCCAAUAAACUGCCUGCUUCUUCAAUCAUCUUUAACUGAGCACACCAAAUUUGAUCUCUAUCGAACGACGCGGCUACACGAUCCUGCUGAAUGCUGCCGGGCCGAGAGGAUAUUCGCGGGUUCUCCAGCAAGAUUCGGAGAGGCCUGGCGUCUGGAGAGAGGUGGUAGAAUCGUGCGUCUCGGUGUCACCGCAUGACACCGCGCGAGCCGGCCGUAUUUACGUCGCGGGACAAUGGAAAAGGUCGCACCGCGGCAGCGGGGCUGUGGCAUUUGCGGCGUUCAUCGCUAAUAAACGUGUUCACGAGAAAAUGCGCAAUAUUUCGAGUUGCCUCCACCUGUCAUCUGUCAGCUGUUAUCUGUCAAAUGACAAUGUCGCCGAAGAAGCCGCGGAUUUGAAAUCUGAGCGAGUCUCCCGCGUCUCCGAAGCAUUCCGACGGGCCUUCCCCCUCCUUGCGUCAUCAGCACCACGGUCCAAUUAGGGAGGGCGCGAUGGCGCCAUGUUGGAUCCGCGCGCGGCACGCAUCAGUCGCCCGAUGACCGCGACCGCGUACACGUCGUCACGCACGAGCCAUGAAUUGAACUCGCGUUCGCUCGUGUCGCGCGUCCUCUUCGUUUUUUCUCUUUUUUUUUUAAUUUAUUCCUCUCGUCCGCGGAACAAGUUCGCGGAGCUCUCCGCGUCCGGGAGGUCGUCGUCUGACGGAAGUGGAGGAUUUCGCGGGAUUCCCGCGUGGGAAAGUGUGUGCGAGUGCCUGUGCUGGACUCUCCUGUUCCCGGUUCGUGUCUGAGGAAGGAAACGCGGUGAAAAAAACGAGAGCGAGAGCAGAGAGGAGAUCCCGAAGAGAGGCGGACAACCGGCGUGCGAUGGCUGUGCGGCCUCGGCGCGUCGAUUCUUCCGGUGGUGAACACGCUUCCGGAAGUGUCGGGGACUCCUCGAGCGGGACCUCUUCAUUCGAGGCGCGAUGGACCGCAAGGACCACGCUCGUCGUCCUCGCGACGACCCUCGCCGUCGUCCUCAGCCUCGUCGCCGACGUCGCGGCCGUCAGACCGAGCGACGGCUGCGGGAACAACAUGUUCAGGUGCAACGAUGGCAAAUGCAUACAGUCGAUCCUCGUGUGCGAUUAUCGCGGGGACUGCGACGACAAUAGCGAUGAGAUGCAGUCGUGUCCGCCGCCUGAUUGUGAGAUCGGCCAGAUCACGUGUGGCCAGUACAGUUUUAACAAGACCUACUGCAUACCCCCGCAUCAGAGAUGCGACAUGACCGUCGAUUGUGUCGACGGCACCGACGAAGACGGCUGCACGUACCGAAAGUGCCAGCCGGACGACUUCAGAUGCGUCGGAACGACCCCAGAGCUUUGCAUACCCAAAGAAAAGAAGUGCGACGGUUACCUGGACUGCCGGAACGGCAGAGACGAGGAGAGAUGUGAGAACAACAUGAAGCCAGCCUGUCGCCUGGACCAAUUCAGGUGUAACACCACGCAACGCUGCAUCGAGCAAAACGCGAGGUGCAAUCACCGGGACGAUUGCGGUGACAACAGCGACGAGGAACACUGCAAUUUUCCACCCUGCACCAGCGACCAGUUUCGAUGCGCGAAUGCACUCUGCAUCCCCAUAGCAUAUCAAUGCGACGGUUAUAAAGAUUGCCAGGACGGUUCCGACGAGAAGUCUUGCACGAUGACAGUCUGUCCAGGAAACAAGUUUAUGUGCCCAAAGGGUACACCGGAUGGAAAACCGUUAUGUAUCAAUCGAUCUCAGCUGUGCGAUGAAAAGCAGGACUGCGAGGAUGGGGCGGAUGAGGAAGCAGCAUGUUCGACAAGUAUGUGCGGCUCGCUCGGCUGUCAACACAAAUGUCAAGCGUCCCCCACUGGGGGGACUUGCUACUGUCCCGAGGGAAGAAUACUCACCAAUGAUUCCAGGACGUGCGUUGAUCGAGACGAGUGCUCCGAGUGGAACUUCUGCGACCAGCUGUGCGAGAACACGGACGGUUCGUACAUAUGCCACUGCGCGCCCGGCUACGUCCUUCACGGGCGCAACAAGUGUCGCGCCCAGAACAUGUCCGCCCUGGAGCUUCUGCUCGCCCAGGAACGCGCGAUCUACCGAUUGAGCACGACCAGCGAGGACCGGAAGAUAAUCGCGAACACCACCGGAGCCAGUGGGGUGGACUACCUGCACUCGCGGAACCUGCUCUUCUGGAGCGACAUGAAGACGCGAAAGGUGCACUCGGAAUCCCUCAACCUCGGCAGCGACGCGCCAUUGGUAAAAUUAGACAUCAGUAUGGCGGGCUCCUGGGGACCUAUAGCCAUUGCGAUUGAUUGGAUCGGCGACAAGCUCUACGUCGCGGAUUCCAUCGUGCAAAAGGUGGACGUGUUCGAGUUGGACGGACGUUAUCACGGAAUCGUCGUGGGUUCCAAUCUGACCAGUCCGGCCGAUAUCGCGCUGGAUCCCACGAGGGGUCUCAUGUUCAUUGCUGACAGCAAGCAGGUUCUUCGUACGAACAUGGACGGCACUAACGCGUUUCCUGUUGUCUCCGAAGCGGCUUACAAGGUCUCCGGCGUGGCCGUGGACAUCAUCGCCAAGAGGAUUUACUGGUGCGACUCCCUGCUGGAUUACAUCGAGACGGCGGACUACAGAGGUCGCAACAGAGUUAUGAUUCUCAGAGGUUCACAAGUGCCAUCCCCAAUCAGACUCACCCUCUUCGAGAACAGGAUAUUCUGGACGGACGGCACCAAACAAGCCGUCAUGAGCGUCGAUAAGACUCAGGGAGAUUAUUCUAUCCAAAACAUAUUUAAGGUACGCGACGCCAAGGCUAUAAAAGCCUUGCAUCCGCUUUUACAACCCAGCGUUUCCAAUCCCUGCGGCAAUAACAACGGUGGUUGCCAGCACAUGUGCAUCGUCACCGCCUCGAGCGAUCAAAACAAUCGAUUAGGCUAUCGUUGCGCCUGCCACGUCGGAUGGCGGUUGGCAAGCGACAUGAGAAACUGCAAUUUGGUGCAGGAGUUCCUCAUGUAUUCCCAGCAGAGGUUCAUUAAGGGCCGCGUCCUGAAUCCCGUAAUGGAAGGCUUCAGCGACGCCAUCCUACCGGUGGUAUCCAGACGAGCGCGAUUCGUGGGACUUGAUUACGACGCGCACGAUCAAUACAUAUAUUACAGCGACGUUCUUCAGGAUGUCAUAUACAGAGUACACCAGAACGCGACCGGACGAGAAAUUGUUUUGGCCAGCCAAAACGAAGGCGUGGAAGGACUCGCGGUCGACUGGGCUGCGAAGAACUUGUAUUACAUUGAUUCGCGCAAAGGCACGUUAAAUGUACUCAGCACUCGCAACGUCACGUAUCGGCGAACACUCCUGAAGAAUCUCAAGCGUCCUCGCGCGAUUGUGAUUCAUCCGAAUCACGGCUACAUCUUUUUCUCCGAAUGGGAUCGUCCGGCUAACAUCAGCCGAGCUCACGCAGACGGCUCCAACCUAAUCGUCUUUAGGAAUCUGACCUUGGGUUGGCCGAACGGACUGGCUAUCGACUUCAACAAGGACCGACUUUACUGGUGCGACGCUCUCCUAGAUCACGUGCAGCACUCGAACCUGGACGGUACGGAUGUGCGUACGGUAAACUCGAGAUUGAUACGACAUCCGUUCUCCAUCACUAUCCACGAGGAAUGGAUGUACAUCACCGAUUGGCGUCUCGACGCCAUCAUCCGGCUGCACAAGGAGACUGGCGAGCAGGAGGCCAUCCUGGUACGCGAGCCCGCCACCAACAGGCUUUACGGCGUGAAAGUCUUUAGUCGCGAGAUUCAAAUGAUGACAGUUAAUCUUCCUUGCUCCAUCAACAACGGCGGUUGCGAGAAGCUUUGCUUCGCUAUUCCACAUAACUCCUCCUCCGACAUUGUGUUCCCCGGCGCGCCAUCCAGGGGAAAGCUCACUCAGGUGUGCGGAUGUCCCUACGGAGAACGGCUUCAGAACGAUGGCAGAAGUUGCGCCGCGGAUCCCGACGGGGAACCACCCUUGCAAGCCUGUCCUCAUACUUGGGAUUUCACUUGCGCAAAUCAGAGGUGUGUGCCCAAGUCCUGGGUGUGCGACGGCGAGAACGAUUGCUUAGACAACAGCGACGAAAUGCAAAACUGCACGAAGCCGACGUGCAGCACAAACGAGUUCCAAUGUAAAUCCGGUCGCUGCGUACCGAUGACCUUCCACUGCGACACCGAGAACGAUUGCGGCGAUUAUAGCGACGAGAUGGGCUGCCCAAACGUCACCUGCAGCGCCAAUCAAUUCGCCUGCGCCAACAACCGUUGCAUCCCCGCGACUUGGAAGUGCGACUCCGAGAACGACUGCGGCGACAGCUCCGACGAGGGCGAAUUCUGCGCGGCGAAGACCUGCUCGUACUUCCAGUUCACCUGCCCGCGUUCCGGCCACUGUAUACCGCAGUCCUGGGUGUGCGACGGCGACAGUGAUUGCUUCGACCAGCAGGACGAGAUGGAUUGUCCACCUGUCACCUGUCUCAGUUCGCAGUUUACGUGCGCGGAUCAGAAGAUGUGCGUUUUAGCGUCGUAUAAGUGCGACGGUAUCAGUGAUUGCAACGACGGCUCGGAUGAAGUAGGCUGUCCGUCGCUAGCGCCGGAUCAGUGCAACGUCGACAAGCAAUUCCGCUGCGUCAGCUCGGCAAUUUGUAUACCGAGGAGUUGGUACUGCGACGGUACCGCGGAUUGCCCGGACAAGUCCGACGAACCGGAAUCAUGCGGAAAGGUGGACUGCCAGACUGGAUUCUUCAGGUGCCAGAAUGAGAGAUGCGUGUUCAAGGCGUAUAUCUGCGACGGCAAGGACGACUGCGGAGAUGGUUCCGACGAGAACACCGAAUUGCACGCGUGCGGUCCUCCCGUGUUCAAAUGCGAUUCCGAGCAGUGGAGUUGUCCGAACGUGACGAACCGCUGCGUGAACGUGAGCAGCGUGUGCGACGGUAAAUUAGACUGUCCUAACGGAGCGGACGAAGGGCCUGGUUGCGAUCUCGCCGAGUGCGCUCAUCAGGGUGGAUUAUGCAGCAACGGAUGCAUCCGGACUCCGCUCGGGGCGCAGUGCAUUUGUCCGGCUGGCGAGGAACUCACCACUGACGGCUACACGUGUCAGGAUAUGAACGAAUGCGACUCGCCGGGAAGAUGCUCGCAGAUAUGCGUGAACACCAAGGGUAGCUACUAUUGCAACUGCGUGGACGGUUACACAUUGCAGAAGGAUAAGCACACAUGCAAGGCGUACAACCACACCGCGGCGUUCCUGAUCAUCUCCAACAGACACACUAUCCUGGUGGCUGACCUUCAGGAUCAAGCGUUGGAACGAGUGCCCAUCAACGUGGAGAAUGUCGUAGCGACUGCCAGUAACAUGCACACCGGCACCAUUUUCUGGUCCGACAUGAAGUUAAAGAGAAUAUCGCGACUGGAUCGCGGUAGCGAUCCUCAGGACAUCAUCAGUACCGGUUUGGAUUUAGUGGAAGGUCUCGCUUAUGACUGGAUAGGUCAGAAUCUGUAUUGGUUAGACUCGAAGCUGAAUACGAUCGAAGUGGCCAAGGAGACUGGAGUUGGAAGGAUGAUUCUCGUGAAGGAGAAUAUCACGCAACCGCGUGGAAUGUGUCUGGAUCCUAGUCCAGGUGCAAAAUGGCUGUUUUGGACCGACUGGGGUGAGAAUCCUAGGAUCGAGAGAAUCGGAAUGGACGGUACUAAUCGAUCAACCAUCAUCAGCACGAAGAUCUAUUGGCCUAACGGUCUGGCCUUAGAUAUUGCAAAUCGAAGGAUAUAUUUCGCGGAUAGCAAGCUAGAUUUUAUCGACACUUGUCUCUACGACGGCAGCAAGAGGAUCCAAGUUCUAGCCAGCUCGCAUUAUCUAUUGCAUCCUCACUCACUCACACUCUUCGAGGAUACCAUGUAUUGGACCGAUAGACAGCUCAACCGGGUGCUUUCAGCGCACAAGUUUAAGGGUUCCAAUCAGACGGUGGUUUCACAUCUCAUCUCGCAACCACUUUCCAUCCACGUGCAUCAUCCAGUAUUGCAGCCUAUCACUGCGAAUCCUUGUGCUAACGUGUCUUGUGAACAUCUCUGCCUUUUAUCGCCCAGUAAUCCAUUGGGCUACAAUUGCAAGUGUCAGGUUGGAUUUAAAUUAUUGCCCGAUGGACGCUGUAUAGAAGAGGAGACUCCAUACUUGAUGGUUCUCCGAGGUUCUCAGGUCGUCGACGUUUCUUUGACACCCGGGGAAACUAAAACUGGAUACAUCACGCCUAUUGUUGGCGUAGAGGGCGGAAGAUUUAUCGAAUAUGAUAGAAGAGACCGUAUCAUUUAUUGGUUGCAAGGCAAGGACGACGACAGUGAAAACGGUACAAUUUAUAGCAUCCCUUACAAAGGUGGUAAUCGAACGGAGUUCCCCAAUCCUUCCGGCGACAGCGGUAUCGUCGGUUCGCCAUCCACGAUGGCGCUAGAUUGGCUUGGUCGCAAUAUGUUCAUCGGCAAUAAAUUUGCCUCCAACAUCGAGGCCAUCAAACUGGACGGCAAGACGCGAUUCCGUACGAUUGUUUUGGCGAACGACGGCAACCGGACGUCGGUGUCUAAACCGAAAGCGAUGUGCGUGGACCCCAUCGACGGACAAGUGUUCUGGGUGGACGAGGGAGGCUUCGGAGUGCCGCAGAAGAUUGGACGGGUGAACAUGGACGGCACUAAUCCGUUGAUCCUCAUGGACGACUUGGAGCGUCCCGAGGCCAUCACCAUCGACAUUCCCAGCAAAACGCUGUACUUCUCCUCCCAGAACCCGGCUUUCAUCAAAGCCAUGUCGACGGACGGCCUGAACGUCCGCACCAUUCUCACCGUCGCGAACAACAUGGCCCUGCCCAAGGCUUUAGCCGUCCACGAGUCUCGUCUGUACUAUUUGGACCCGCUUUACGACAAGAUCGAGCGCGUUGAUCUACCCAACGGCGACAAUCCGUCCACUAUCAUCGACAACGAUUCUGAGCUCCGUACCUUGACCAUUUAUAAGAAACGCGCCACUGGAUCUCAUCCCUGUCUCGUCAACAACGGCGAUUGCGAGCAGAUCUGCUUGCCUGCGUCCGGAGGUACUCGCGUCUGUGCCUGCGGAAUGGAUUACAGGAAGAUCACCGACACCAGAUGCGAGCCUUACAAGACAUUCGCGGUGGUAAGUCAGCUGGACGUCGCCAGGGGUUACAGUCUUAAAGACUCCAAAGAGGCCAUGAUACCCAUCACUGGAAUCGGCCAUCAUAUUCUACACGUGGACGUGCAUUACUCGGGCAAUUGGAUAUACUGGGUGGAAUUUAAUCGAGGCAUCUGGAACGGUAUCUUCAGAGUACGACCCAACGGCACAGAAUUGCAACACGUAGUCAAACAAGGAAUCGGUUCCAAUGGAAUUCGCGGUCUGGCCGUGGAUUGGAUCGCAGGAAACUUGUAUUUCGCCAAUGUCUUUCCUCACGAUAACUACGUAGAGGUCUGCUGGCUGGACGGCUCGAAUCGAAAGGUUCUCGUGAAAACGACCACCGACGCUCCUCGAGAGCUCGCCGUGAAUCCAAUCAAACGGUAUCUGUAUUGGAUCGAUUACGGACAAUAUCCUCGAAUAGGCAAAGCUUACCUCGAUGGCAGCAACUGGUCCCCUAUUGUAACGUCCGGCAUUACCACACCGCGCGAUCUGACGAUCGAUCUCGCCACGCACGACAUUUAUUGGGUGGACUCGAAAUUGGACACCAUCCAGAAAGUGUCCUACACCGGUGGAAACCGAGAGAUCAUCCGUAGGAAUCUCCCGAAUCCGAUGGGCGUCGCCAUUUUCGGCGGCGACGUCUUCUGGGUGGACCGAAACCUGGCCACCGUUUUCAAGGCGAGCAAACUGAAGGGCAACAUGAGCCUUCCCACCGCCGUCAGGACGAAUCUGCAAAAGCUCAGGGAUAUCGCCAUCUUUGAUCAAAGCAGCCAACCCCCGGAUCCUACGAAUCCUUGCACGCAGGUACCAAACGGCGAAUGCUCUCAACUGUGCUUCGCUUUCCCCAAAGAAAAUCAGACCAAAGCAUUUACUUGCGACUGCGCAGUGGGUAAACUCUCGUCUAAUGGUCGCACCUGUGAAAAUGUCGAUGAAUACUUGGUGUUUGCUACGCGAACCGAGAUUCGCGCCAUCAAUAUAGAUCCGCACAACACUAACGUGCCCUUCGCGCCUGUCGGCAACCUGACAAACGUCGUCGGGGUGGACUUUGACUACCAGGAUAAGAAGCUGCUCUUCACCCAGAUCCGUCCAUGGGCGAAGAUCGCGUGGACACCGUCGGAUCGGCCAUCCUCCUCCGACUUGCACACGUUGAUCAACAAAGGAAUCAACCCUGAAGGUAUCUCCUACGACUGGACCCAGAAGAAAGUGUACUGGACGGAUUCCUCCAACAACAGCAUCUACGCGAUGGAUAUCGACGGGACCAACUUGGUGAUGAUCGCGCGCGUGGAUCGGCCACGCGCCAUCGUCGUCGACCCGUGCAACGGAUCUCUCUACUUCACGGAUUGGGGCCGUUUCGGAACGUCCGGCAAGAUUUUCAAGACCACCAUGGCGGGCUCGCUGAAACGCGCCAUCAUCGACAGGGAUCUCUCGCAGCCCAGCGGCCUGGCGAUCGAUUACGACGAUCGGAUGCUGUACUGGACCGACGCCGUGCGCGAGAAGAUCGAGCGAUCCGAUCUCGACGGCAGGCACCGGGAAGUUCUCGUCAGCGCUACCAUCUACCCCUUCGCCAUCACCGUCUUCAGGGAGCACAUCUAUUGGACGGAUCUCCAGCUUCGCGGGGUCUACCGGGCGGAGAAGCACACGGGAGCCGACAAGCUGGAGCUGGUGAAACGGUUGGAAGACUCUCCGCGCGACCUUCACAUAUUCUCCGCGUCCAGGCAGCAGUGCACCGUCAAUCCCUGCAACAUCAACAACGGCGGUUGCGAUCAGUCCUGCCAUCCGGGCCACAACGGCUCCGCGGAGUGCAAGUGCGACGACAACAGCAGGCUCGUGAACGAGGACAGGAUGUGCGUGCCGAGGAACGUCACUUGCGACUCCAACAAGUUUGCUUGCAGGAACGGCAGAUGCAUCUCCAGGAUGUGGGCGUGCGACGGCGACGAUGAUUGCGGCGACGGCUCGGAUGAAAACACCAGCUACUGCUCUCAUCAUUCGUGCAGCCCGAACGAGUUCCGCUGCAACAACGGCCGGUGCAUUUUCAAGACGUGGAAGUGCGAUCACGAGAACGACUGCCGGGACGGAAGCGACGAGGAGGGAUGCGUCUAUCCGCCUUGCGCGAUGGGCGAGUUCACCUGCGCCAACUUCCGGUGCAUACCGCAGUCUCAGGUGUGCAACGGUAUCAACGACUGCAAGGACAACGUCACUUCCGACGAGACCCACGAGCGCUGUCCUCGCAACACCACGUGCCCGUUGAAUCAUCUCAAGUGCGAGAAGACGAACAUCUGCGUGGAGCCUUACUGGCUCUGCGACGGCGACAACGAUUGCGGUGACAACAGCGACGAGAAUCCGGUUCAUUGCGCCCAGAGAACCUGUCCCCAGAACAGCUUCCGGUGUCCCAAUCACAGGUGUAUUCCAGCCACCUGGUACUGCGACGGAGAUGACGAUUGUUUGGAUGGAAGCGACGAGCCUCCUGGUUACUGUCAAUCCGAGGGCAGAACAUGUUUCGGCGAUUUGUUCACUUGCGACAACGGCAACUGUAUUCCUAGAAUUUACAUCUGCGACGGAGACAACGAUUGUCUGGAUAACUCCGAUGAAGACGAGCGUCAUCAAUGUAACGACAGAAAGUGCGACGAAGAAACGGAGUUCACUUGCACCGCGAACAAAAUGUGGAACCGCGCUCAGUGCAUCCCGAAGAAGUGGCUGUGCGACGGAGACCCGGACUGCGUGGACGGGGCCGAUGAGAACGUGACUUUGCACCACUGUCCGGCACCGACUCCCUGCGCGGAGAAUCAAUUCACCUGCAACAACGGACGGUGUCUGAAUCGCAACUGGUUGUGCGACCAUGACAACGAUUGCGGCGACGGUAGCGAUGAGGGCAAGUUCUGCAAUUCUCAGUACAAGCCCUGUAGCAGCCAGGAGUUCACCUGUCAGAACUUCAAAUGCAUACGCAAGCAAUUCCGCUGCGACGGUCAGGACGACUGCGGCGAUCAUUCGGACGAAGUAGGAUGUGCGUCCAGAGCAAAGAAUACAACGUGCCCGAAUCCGAAGGACUUUAUGUGCUCAAACGGCAAUUGCAUCGACUCGCAACUGGUGUGCAACAAGGAACCGGACUGCGCCGACGAGAGCGACGAGUUGCACUGCAACGUGGACGAGUGCGCUCGUAUCGAGAUGAACCAGUGCGGGCACAAGUGUGUCGACACACCGACCAGCUACUACUGCGAGUGCAACCCCGGCUAUAAAUUGUUGGCCGACGGCAAGGCUUGCGACGACAUCGACGAGUGCAUUGAGACGCCCCAAGUGUGCAGCCAGCAAUGCGAGAACACGCCCGGUGGAUAUUACUGCAAGUGUAACGAGCGUUGGUACGAGAGAGAGGCCGACGAGCACACGUGCAAGCGCAGAGAUAACACUCAACCCUGGAUUAUAUUCACGAAUAAAUAUUACGUCAGAAAUAUGUCGAUCGACGCGUCCAAUUAUAGCCUGAUGCACCAGGAUCUGGUCAACGUCGUUGCCCUGGAUGCGGAUUACGCCCAGCAGAUAUUGUACUUCUGCGAUGUUACUGCGAAAACAAUAUACAGAGCACCGGUGAACGGCGGCGAAAGAGAACCCAUCAUCCGUCACGAUAGUUUAGGUCUGGAAGGAAUCGCGAUCGAUUGGAUUGGUCGAAAAUUGUACUGGCUGGAUCGUCACGCGAAGCAUCUGGACGUUGCCGAGCUCGAUGGCACCAACAGAAAGACCCUGCAGUCUGGAAUAGCGGAUCCACGCGCGAUCGCGGUUCACCCUGGCACUGGAUACUUGUACUUCACAUCUUGGCACCUUCAGGCGUACAUCGGUAAGAUGGGCAUGGACGGCAGCAACUUCACCCGAAUUCUGACAUGGGAGGACGACAUCGCUUGGCCGAACGCGUUGACAAUCGAUUACUUCACCGAUCGCAUCUUCUGGGCGGACGCGCACCUGGAUUACAUCGCCUUCGCCGAUCUCGAGGGCCACAAUCGGCGAAUCGUUCUAUCGGGGUCCUCGGUGCCGCACGUAUUCGCCAUCACCGUGUUCGAUGACUUUAUUUACUGGACCGAUUGGAACCUGAAAGCGAUCAGCAGAGCGGAGAAGUUCUCCGGCGCUCGUUUACAAGUGCUGCGCAACACCACGCAUCGACCUUACGACAUCCACGCCUAUCAUCCGCUUCGACAGUUGCCCUACAACAAUCCCUGCGCGGAGAACAACGGCGGUUGCUCGCAUCUCUGUCUCAUCGCGCCCCCAGCUAGCUCGUACCUGCUCGAGGGAUACGGUCAACCCGGUGUGACUUCGUACAAGUGCAAGUGUCCGAAUCAAUUCAUCCUGGAUAAAGACAGCAAGACGUGCAUAGCGAACUGCACCGCGGGUCAGCAUCGCUGCGGACCACCCGAUGAGAAGUGCAUCCCCUGGUAUUGGAGAUGCGACGGAGAGAAGGACUGCAAGGACGGUUCGGACGAGUCGUCGAGCUGCCCGGCCAGGAACUGUCGACCCAGCGUGUUCCAGUGCGCGAACGGAAAUUGCACGCCCAGCGUGACCAUCUGCGACGGAGUCGACGACUGCGGUGACAGGAGCGACGAGGCCAAAUGCGCGCUCGAGUGCGGAGAGCUCGAGUUCAAGUGCAAGUCGAACGGUCGCUGCAUACACGAUUCUUGGAAGUGCGACGGAGACGCUGACUGCAGAGAUGGCAGCGACGAGGAUCCCGUUAUUUGUCACAACCGCGCCUGCGACCCGAGCACCGAGUACAGUUGCAAGAACGGCAAGUGCAUUCCCAAGCUGUGGAUGUGCGAUUCCGACAACGACUGCGGGGACGACAGCGACGAGCCGGCUUACAUGUGCCGUCAGAAGAACUGCACGACCGGAUGGCAGCGUUGCCCAGGUCACGCCAACUACCGCUGCAUCCCCAAGUGGUUGUUCUGCGACGGCAAGGACGAUUGCCGCGACGGUUCCGACGAGCGUCCGGAGAGCUGUCCGAAGUGCGACCCCAACAUGGACUUCAAGUGCGCCAAUAAUCGAUGCGUGCCGAAGCAGUGGCUCUGCGAUUUCGCGGACGACUGCGGGGACGGAAGCGACGAGGUGGACGCGAUAUGCAAGGACAAGUACCGCGAGUGCUCCGAGUCCGAGUUCAAGUGCAAGAACGGCAAGUGCAUCGCCUCCAGGUGGAGGUGCGACAACGAGGACGACUGCGGCGACAACAGCGACGAAAUCGACUGUCAACAGUGGGUGUGCAAGAGCGAGAGCUUCCAAUGCACCAGCGGUCAUUGCAUCGCGCCGUAUCUUCGUUGCGACGGAGCGCGGGAUUGUCAUGAUAUGAGCGACGAACUGGGUUGUCCUCCUAGAUAUCCUGGAGGAAGGUACUGCCCGCGAUCCCGAUUCGAGUGCAGCAACAAUCUCUGCAUCUCUCUGACCGAUAUCUGCGACGGCACCGACGACUGCGGUGACAACUCCGACGAGAAUCCAAGCAUGUGUGCGAACUUUGAGUGCGAUACGCACAGACGAUUCCAGUGCGCCAAUCACAAGUGCAUCGCCAGGUUCCAGCUGUGCGAUGGAAUCGACAACUGCGGCGACGGUUCCGACGAGAACAACAUGACGAUGUGCGUGAAGCAGACUCGUCCCUGCGACCCGAUCUCCGAGUACACCUGCGCGAAUAAGAAAUGCAUCGAUCGUAUAAGACUCUGCGACCUUGCGGACGACUGCGGCGACUUGUCGGACGAAUUGGGAUGCCAUCACAGCCAUCACUGUGCGGAGAACGAUCGCGGCGGUUGCUCGCACGAGUGUCGCAACAUCACGAACGGCGGCUACAUCUGCGCCUGCUACCCCGGUUACAUCAUUUCACCGGACAAUCGCAAGUUCUGCGUGGACAUCGACGAGUGUCAGACCGAUCAGCACCAGUGCUCUCACAUCUGCACCAACUUGAACGGCUCGUACGCCUGCUCCUGCCGGCAAGGUUUCCAUCUGUCAGACAGACAUAGUGGCGUGUGUCGCGCCGAGGACGACAACGUCGUCGUGCUGUUCGCCAAAGGACCCGAACUUCGAGCCUACGACUUGCAUACCAGGGAGGAGAUGGACGUGAUAGACAACGAGAAGAGAGUGCAAGCCAUCGAUUUCGAUCCCAGGACGGAGUACGUUUUCUGGAUUGACUCGCACGACAAUACCAUUAAGCGAUCCUAUAUGGUGAACGCCAAAGAAGGCGAGGCCAAAAUUGGACACGCGCAGGAUCUCAAUAUGAAGAUUGAUUCUAAGCCGACAAGCUUAGCAGUGGAUUGGAUCUCUGGCAAUUUGUACUGGAGCGAGGUUGACCAAUCAGUCGUCACUCCUCAAGGUCAGAUCAUGAUGUCCAAAUCAGACGGCAGGUAUCGACGUAGCAUAGUCAGGAUGAAUCUCGAGCAACCGACGUCGGUGGUCGUGGAUCCCGAGCGAGGCGAACUUCUGUGGGCCGACGCGGGAAAUCAGCCAAAGAUCGAAAUAGCGUGGAUGGACGGCGAUAGACGCAAAUUGCUCGUGGCCGAUCGAAUAGCCAGCCCUUCAGCGCUUACCAUUGAUUACGCAAUGGAACACACGCUUUAUUGGUCCGACGUUAAGCUAGAUAUUAUCGAGGCGAUCACCUUGACCGGCAACAACAGGAGAAUCGUUCUGCGAGGCGCGGUACCGCUUAAGCAUCCGGUGGCGUUGGACGUCUUUGAGAAUAAUCUCUAUUGGGUGACCAGGCAGACGGGCGAGCUUAUUCGACAGGAUAAAUUUGGCAGGGGAGUUCCGCAUAUUAUCACCAAGGAUCUUCCCAGUCCCGGUGGUCUCAGAGUCUAUCAUCAGCUGAGGUACAACACCAGUUUGAGAGAUCCCUGCCACAACGACCAGUGCAGUCAUCUCUGCGUAACGAUUCCGGGCGGACAUCGCUGCCUCUGCUCGGACAGCGUUGAUCCUCUUCAGCGUCUGCUCAGGGACAACAACGAGAGGCAUUGCGACGCCACCAAUGAGAGACCUCUGCCAGCGCCCAGAAUAUGUCGUUGCCAGAACGGCGGACGGUGCCAGGAGGAGGAGGAUGAUAAGCUAACUUGUAAUUGCCGUGAGGAAUUCCACGGUGAACUCUGCGAGAUGGCGGCGGUCGCCGCCAGAGCGGGCGGAUCCACCGCUGCUAUAGUCAUUCCCAUAGUCAUAUGCCUGCUGGUGUUGUUCUGCGCCGCCGCGAUCUUCAUGGUUCUCAAGAAGCGACCAUUCGGCAAACCCGGCGGCCUCGGCGGUCUCACGGGUGCUCAGAGCGUCUCCUUCCGCCAAGGCAGCAACGUAGAGUUUGGCGAAGCUGUUCAUGAAAGAAUGGAACCCCUCGACGUAGAGUAUAAUUUGAACGAUGUCGCCAGUAAGAACCGAGACUUCAGUAAUCCAAUGUACGACGCGGUGAAUAUGGAAAGUGGUACCACAAACGGUACCAGCGUUGGCAACAUGUACGAAGCACCAGCCGAGAUGAAACCCUCGAGCAUACAGCACAAAGAACCCCCGCAGCUGCAUCUAAAGAGGAGAGAACUGGACCCGACGUCCGUCGACUCGGGCAAGGACACCCAGCAGCUGGUCGAGGAGGACAAGUCCGAGUGCUAGGAUUAAUUUCUGUUUCUUUUUUUUUUAUUGUGCUUCUCGAACUCGAAUAUGUGCAGAUCGACAUGUUUGACGACUGCGAGGAAUAUAUACAUAGGGACGAACGUAAAGAUUAGUUCUACCACUUCUACGUAAAUAGUGCGGAUGACUUGCAGCUGCUCGUACGUUAUUUAUUAAGCUGUUCACUGAGACGUUUCUAACAUGAUGUGUGACGAUUUAAUUGAAGUUCCGUCUUAUCUAGUGAUUCUCGGAUAUGAGAAUAUCGAGAUCUCUAGAAUGGGAAAAGGAUAUCAUACAUUAAAGAUCCUAUAUUGUCAUGGAUACAGGUUCUUAGGUUCACGAGUUUAUAAAAGUUAGACUUAUGUCAAAUCUCUAAAUUUUAAUUCUAAAUUUUCUUCACAAUUUCUCUCUUUUUCUCUUAGGAUUUGGGAUAAAGAAAUUUGAGAAUGCUAUUUUUGUAAAGAUUCAUAAGUCUACAACUUUGCGUAUCCUUGCAUCUAAGAACCUCGAUACAUAUAGGUGUUCAACUUCCAAACUCUUCAGACCUAAGAAUCUUUGAGAGGGAAUCACAGAUUCUUAUCUCUGGAUCCUUUAUACCAGGAAUUGUGAACUGGCUUUAGGAUCUUGAAAUUUUUCAAGAAUACAGAAAUGGUAAAACGGAAAAUGGUCCCUAAUCGACAAUAUUUCGAUUUUGCGAGGACAGUAAAGGGCGAAAGCGAAUUGCAAUAGGCACGAGCGUGUCAUUUUUUACUAGGUGUGUGAUUUGUAAGUCUUGUAAAUAUUAUUGCUAAUAAUAAAGUAUAACGCGUUUACGUUAUCUGUGUACCAUAAAAAAAAA